UCACUGAAGGAGAAGACCGCAACUAUUACCGGCGGGUCGCGUGGAAUUGGAAGCAGAAUCGCUAUACACUUUGCACGCAAGGGCAUGAGUAAUCUUGCCAUCACGUACCUUGUCAACGAAACCGAGGCAGAGAAAACAUUGGCGAAAUGCCGCGAGCUCGGAGUUAAUGCGAUCGCUAUUCAGGCGGAUAUUACGGAUCCUACAAGCAGGCCUAAAAUUGUCAAGGACGCUCUUAGCGGCCUCGAUGUAACCAAGAUCGACAUCCUCGUCAACAACGCUGCUCUCUCAGACAUCAGCAGAGCCUCAGAUGUCAGAGCUGUUCAGGCAGAAAGCUUCGGAGGACGUGUCAUCAACAUCUCCAGCCUCGCCAGCAAGUUAGGCAACUCUGAUCCAAUGAUAACCUACGGUGCCACAAAAGCUGCACUUGACAGCUUCACGAGGUCGUUUGCCAACACAUUCUCCGCUGCCACAGGAAUCACCUUCAACAGCGUGGCCGUGGGGCCUACAGAGACGGACGCAUUAGCCAUGGUCAACGGGCUCAUCCCAGGAUUCCUCGACACGCAAAUCGCUAUGAGUACGGCGGCUAACCGGGUUGGAAACAUGGAUGACAUUGCGUACAUCGUCGGAUUUCUGGCGAGCGAGGAGGGGAGAUGGGUGAAUGGUGCCUCGGUCAGCGCCAACGGAGGACAUAGAGAAACCCUUGCUCUGUUUGGUUAA